UCCCGAGCGCGCGUCGAUUGUGCGUGUGGCGGACGAACGCGGAGCGUCUCGCGCGGCGCGAAGGACGCGGACGGCGUGCGUCUUUUGUUCCCGGGUGACAGACCGACCGCGGUAGAUAGACAUCGCGGGACGACGCGACGCGUGGGUCGGCAGCGAGGCAGCAAUGGAGGAGAGAGGCCGCAAACGGCGCUCGUGCCAUCUCGCCAGCGUAUUCCCGAGCAUCCACCUCGACGCCGACGUCGUCGACGUCGCGGACCUGCCGACGGACGGCCCGUGCAUCUCCAGGCUGGACAUCUUCUUCCUGGUCUGCUCCAUCGUCAUGCACGUGGUGGACAUGUGCUUCGAUUAUAACAUCGCCGUCCGGUACUACCUGAGCGGGAAGGUGACGUACUUCGCUUGGACAAUGUGCCUCAUCCUCCUUCCCUCCCUGAUCAACGUCGUCAUCAGCAGGAGAAUGCAGCAUCAGGAUAAAGAGGUGAGCUCUGGCACGGACACGUUGGGUGACUACAAAACGACGCGUUUGUUGAUCAAGAACGGACUGUUCUCCACGGUCGCCGUUGUCCUGCAACUGGCGCCGGUUAUACACUACUGGGAGACCCUGAAGUGCGCGCUGAAAGCGCGCAAGUGCGAGAGAACCGCGGACCGCGUCGGCGAGAGGAGGUAUUACCUGAGGAUGCUAAAGGAGGAUCAGGAUGUCGCCCUGCUGCGGGUAUUUGAGUGCUUCCUGGAGGCUGCGCCGCAGCAAAUCCUGCAGCUGACUCUGAUGCUAAAGCACUACCACAAUGAGAUUAAUUUUGAAUUUGUACAUCAAGUAGCUAGUAUUGUCAGUUCGCUUAUAAGUAUGGGUUGGGCAAUGGCCAGUUACCAUCGUAGCAUUCGAUUAGCUCAACAAAAUAAGUCGAACAUUGGUGUCGCGGGAACUGUGUUGCAAUUCCUGUGGCACUUUUGCAUCACAGUGGCAAGAAUCUUAUCUCUCGGCGUUGUUGCGAGCAUCUGGCCUCUAUAUACCGCAAUCUGUUGCCUAGUGCAUUGGCUAAUCAUGACAAUAUGGAUUUUGAUCGAGUCCCAUGGAAUAUUAGAGUUCUGCCGGGCUUACAGUCGCCCGCCGCACAUGCUGCCAACGUUUAAGGAACGCAUUUAUUCGAUAUUAUUUGCCGCAGUUAUUGGCAUAGUUCAUAUUUUUAUAUAUCUAAAUCCUGUAGAUAGCAACACAUUUUGGAAACACGUGUGUUUCUACCUGCUCUGCUUGGCGGAAAAUACCGCCUCAAAUCUAUUGUGGCGAUAUACCAGUCCGCCUCGAGUUACGGAGGCCUGGUACUUUAACGUAUUCUUUAUCAUUUGUAUUGUCUCCUUUUUCCUAGGAAUUACGGCAAUGAUACUUUAUUAUACCGCAUUCCACCCCUCAAAGAAGCAACGUGCUUCAAGUACACUUCGAACCAUUUGAUUGUGGACAUUUAUUUCUUAUUUAAAGAAGAUUAAAUACUCAAUAUACAAUCUACAUUCUAGUUUAUAAGGUAUUUUCUAAUACAUUAUCUUAAGAGAAAUCGAAGAAAAUCUCAAUAUUAAAAUUUUGUAUUUUAUAUAUUGAGUAUGUAUUCAAAGAUACAUACAUAGCUCAAGUUUUCUAAGGACUUUACAGCAUAAAACUUUGCAAAAUGAAAUGAUUUAUAUAUUACACUUACAAGUAUGUUCCAUAUCUCUAUAAAGUUUUUUCUUAUUAGUUCCAUUUCUAAUAUAAGUAAAGCCAUAUUUUAAUUACAUCUGUAACGUAUUUUCAAAAUAUCUCAUAGACUGCGCAGAAUUGUAGGUACAUGACUGUGUUGCAGUCGAUAGAAGCCAGUUAGAUAUUACUUUUUAUAAUGAAACUUUGAUAAGAACCUUUUGUUUUUAUUUAAACUAAGAAAUAUCUCAGGGAUAUAUAUAUAAUAUAUAUGUAUAUAUAUAUUCCUUUCUGUACCCCGUAGAAGGACAGAAUAAAGUUUCUAUUCUAUAUUCACAUUUAUAUUCGUAUGUAUGAAUAUAAAGUGCUAUAUGCAAACUUUUAAUGUACAUAGCUGUAAGUCAUGUGAUAAUAUAAAAGACUGUAUGCAUGUUUUCAUGACAAAAGAACAAAUUUUCUAUAUAUUUAAGAUAAAUGAAAAGCAAAUAUUUUUCUAAUUACUUCAAUGUACCCAUAAAGAUAUGUUUUCAUUUGCAAACACGGCGAUUAUAUUAACAAGGAUCUCGUUACAUUAACUUUGAAAUAACAAAACAGCGGUCUGUCUCUUAUGUUUAUAUUAAAAAAUAUCGCAAUUUAUAUCUUCCCUCAAUAAAUUUUUGUUAUCCU